CUGAAAAUAGAAGCUUCUUUUUACCGUCUUUAACUCACGUCGAUCCUUUCUUAGCGUCUUUUAUUACUAAACUCUAAAUCAUAUUAGAUUUCAAAUGGAAAUUAUAAAACGAGGAGCUCUCAUCGUAUUGGAAGGAUGUGAUCGGUCGGGAAAAACCACUCAAUGCCAAAAGGUAAUGAGUUGGCUAAAACAGACCAAUAUAGAAUCACAUUUUAUGAGAUUUCCAGAACGGUCAACUACAAUCGGAAGUCUUAUCAAUAAAUAUUUGGAAUGUAAUGCAGAAUUAGAAGACCAUGCAAUCCAUUUGCUCUUUUCAGCCAAUAGAUGGGAACUACUGCCUGAUAUGAAAAAAUUAAUAUGUAAAGGCACAAACAUCAUUGUGGACCGUUACUCAUAUUCAGGGAUUGCCUUCUCUGCUGCAAAGCCUAAUAUGGACUUGACCUGGUGCCAGAAAUCUGAUACUGGAUUAUUGAAACCUGAUUUGGUAAUAUUUUUGGAUAUCGAUCCCACUGUGGCCCAAACUAGAGGCGAGUAUGGAGUGGAACGCUACGAAAAUCUUGAAAUGCAGAAACUGGUUAGAUCAAACUACCUCAAGCUUAAGGAUGAAACGUGGAAGAUGCUAGCAGAUCGGUCGAAGAAGUCACGCUUGAUGUUUGCCAGCUAGUAAAGGAAACCUUAGAUAGCCAAUCACUAUUAACCGAAAUCAAACAGCUCACGUUUUGAAAUGUAGUCGUGCGAAGCGAUGCAGAAGCGAUUGUUUUAUUCCGAAACCACAAAAUUUAUAACAAAAUAAGUGUGACCAGUUAGGG